AUGUUGAUCAAAGGCGAAAAGUAUGCCUGUGAGGCAUGUGUGAGAGGUCAUCGGGUCAGCAACUGCCAGCACUCGGAUCGGCCAUUGCAGCACAUCAACAAGAAGGGCCGUCCAGUCUCACAGUGUACCCAUUGUCGAACUCUCCGCAAGUCUCGCUCCGCACAUGUUCGAUGCGAGUGUGGAGAGAAGGCACACACCAAGGGCGGCUGCAGCCAUGAUUCUGAUGCCCAGGCAGACAGCUGCUGUUGCAGUCACACCGGCCGUUGCACUUGCGCUCUAAAGAAGGAGCAUUUGGAUCCAGUUCCCGAAUCUGAUUCAGAUGAACCCUGUUUGUCUGUGGCACGUAAAGACGAGAAGCGUAGACCUCGAGCUCUCACGGCACAAUCCGAUGGAGGGUUGACCAUCUUUACCAAUGGCCAUCACAAGCCCGUUCACAAGCAUAACAACAUGGCCUCUAAAUGCGGUUUACCAUACGUUGUUCCACGGGCACAUUCAAUCCAUGGUCCAUCCCCGUCUGGUCUAGCAAAUAGAUCUGUUGACAAUCUACCCCAUACAAGCACCAUCGAUGCGUUACACAGCGACUCUCAUAUCAAGGAUUCGAUGGUCAGUGCGCAACAGGAACAGCGGAUGGUGAAGUCUGAGCACGGAUCGCCCCUCUUGACUCCUCAAUCAAAUUUGGAGCAACUGAACGGGCAGCUCCCGCCUCUCGAUUUGUCAGCUAUUCCCGGAGAGUUCAACUUUUUGCAGUCACUGGACGGCUUUACUACUGUUCCUGACCACGAGCCGCCUAUGUUUUCUGCAGGGCUAAGCUCGGCAUCCAUUGAUUGGUCUCAUUAUGAUGGACUUGAUUUCAACAAUGACAACUUCGCGAAUUCCUCGUACAGCCAAGCUGCAUCCUUUACUGGAUUCGACUUCAGCAGCAUAGAUCAGCCAGCUCUAACCACCACUUCAACUUCUGGCGAGAUCUCCGAGGUUGAGGAUUUUGUCCCCUUGAAUGAGAACAGUGGAAGCCGACCGCCCUUACUCAACAACCAGUAUGGUUCCGAUUUUGACAACUCAGACUUUGGAGACAUCGAUGGCUACCGACUGAGCACCGCAUCGUCUUAUAUCGGCAUGCCCCAAGCGCAGAUGCUGGCCAACAACAACUUCGAUUCUCUUGACUUAGACUCCUUUCUGAAAGGUGUUCAAACGUCUGGGCCCUAUGGUAACAGUAAUCACGGUCUUCCGACGGCCAACUACCUUGAUGAUGGCAAGUCUGGACUCAACACUUCCCCUUUUGACGACAGUACAAACUUCCAGCUGCUACCUACCGAAGACGACAAUGACGCAUUCUGGAUGCAAUCGUUUGUCCCAACCCAAAUUCCGGGCAACAAUUCCAACAAUGACAUUCCUGAAAACAACAAUUGGGCUCAAUAA